AUGCUAGGAUUAAAUCUUCCAAAGACGUAUAAUGUCUACUUUCUGGCUCUUAUUUCAACUGUUGGAGGGAUGUUAUUUGGUUUCGACAUCUCCUCCAUGUCGGCUGUAGUCGGCACGAAUCAAUAUCUGGAAUUCUUCGACAACCCGACUGGUGCUCGGCAGGGCGCGAUAGGGUCGGCCCUGGCUGCCGGAUCUGUACUCGGAUCUGCCCUAGCUGGUUACGUCUCGGAUAAGAUUGGGCGCCGCGAUGCCAUCUGGUGGUCUUGCACAUUCUGGAUGGCAGGCACUGUUAUUCAAACCGCUGUACAAAAUUGGCAAAUGCUGCUUGCCGGAAGGAUCAUUAAUGGCAUCACAGUCGGCGUCACCAGCUCUCAGGUACCCGUUUACCUUGCGGAAAUUGCGAAGCACGAUAAGAGAGGAUCCAUCAUCAUUAUUCAACAGCUUGCCAUUGACGUCGGAUUCACCGUCUACUUUUUCGUGGGUUACGGCUGCAGCUUCAUCCCGGGCCCGGCAUCAUUCCGGACUACGUGGGCGGUGCAGUUUGUUCCCUGCGCCCUGUUGAUGGUCGGUUUGCUGUUUCUUCCCGAGUCCCCACGCUGGCUGUUGUCGAAAGACAGAACGAACGAGGCACUUAUUGUACUCGCCAAUGUCCAAGCCGGGGGGAAUAUCGAUGAUCCCGCGGUCUUGGCCGAGUUGGAAGAAAUCCAAAACACCUUGCGCGUCGAACGCGAGGUAGGGCGCGGAUGGCGCAAGUUUGUUAGUAAUGGCAUGUGGAGGCGGACGCUUGUUGGCUUCAUGGUUCAAGCCUGGCAGCAAAUGGCAGGAGCGAACGUUAUAACAUACUACGUCGUCUACCUCUUCCAAAUGGCAAACUUGACUGGCAACAUCAACCUUAUCGCAUCAAGCAUCAACUACAUUCUCGCCCUCCUCUGUACGAUUGUUGCGUUCUUCUACAUCAACCGAACUGGACGCCGUCCACUACUGAUUUACGGCGCCAUUGGCAUGGGAAUAUGUCACUUCAUCAUUGGCGCAAUGAUUGCGGCGUUCAAGCAACCGGCGCCAGGAGGCGUGGCUGGUAACCUGAAUGUCCUUGUCAAAGUCGUUGGACGACCAUCUCACGUCAUCAUCGCCUUCUCUUAUCUUCUCAUUAUGGUGUACUACUUUACUCUGGCGCCCGUGACGUGGGUGUUCUCUGCUGAAGUCUGGUCGUUGGGAACAAGAGCAACAGGGAUGGGCAUUGCGACUAUUGGUAACUGGAUCUUCAACUUCGCCCUAGGACUCUUUGUACCCCCCGCCUUUCGCGAGAUUGAUUUCGGUCUGUUUGUUAUCUUUGGUUGUUUGUGCUUUUGUGCCGCGGUCUUUGCAUUCUUCAUGUACCCAGAGACAUGUGGAAAGACGCUCGAGGAAGUUGAGAUAAUGUUUGCCAACGAUGGACCACACCCGUGGCAUACCAAGGUUGGUAACAGCAGGCUGGACCAAGAAGUGCAACAAAUAAACGACAAGCAAAAGCAAGACAUCGCGAUAAAGCGCAUGCAGAAGGCGGAAGCUGACGAGGUGGAGGUUACACACUCGGUCUAA